AUGGGUGGGGUAGUGGGGUGGUUUGUUUUUUGGGGGUAUUGUAUGUGGGAUGUUGGUGUUUUGGGGUGGGGUAGGUUUUGUUUUGUGAGUUUUGGUGUGGUGUUGUGGUUUGGGUUUAGUGGUUGGUAUUGGUUGUGGUUGGUGUUGGAUGGUGGGUGUGUUGUUGGAGGUUGUUGGUGUAUGGGUGGUUUGGGUGGGGUUUUGGUGGUGUUUUUUUUGGUUGUUGGGUGGUGUGGGUGGGGUGUUGGGUGGGGUGUUGUGGUUGUUGUGUUGUGGUGUUUUUUGGUUUUGGGGGUGGUGGGGGGUUGGGGGGUUGGGGGUGGGUGGUGUGUAUUGUUUUGUGUUUUGUUUUUUGGAUUUGGUUUGGUGUUGGUUGGUUUGUUGUGGUUUGGUUGGGGUGGUUGUAGUGAUAUAUGGGUGGUGAUGAUAGAUAGUAUAGAGAGGAGGUUGUUGUUUGUGGUGUUGGGGGUGUUGGUUUGUUGGGGUGUUGUGGGGUGUGGGGGGGGGUUUUGUGGGGUGUUUGUGUGGUUGUGUGGGGGUGUGUGGUUGGGGUUUGGUUGUGGUUGUGGUGGGGGUUGUUUUUGUAUUUGGUUUUUGGUGUGUUUUUUUGUGUUUUGGGGUGAUUGGGGGGUUGGGUGGGGGGUUGGGUGGUUUGUGUGUGGUGUUGGGUUGUGUUUUGGUUUUUGUGUUGUGGUUUUUUUGUUGUUUUGGUUUUUUGGUUUUGCGUUGUUUGUGGGGGAGUUGUGUUUGGGGUUUGGGUGUGUGGUUGGUGGGUUGGGUUUGUGGGGGGUGUGGUGUUGUUGUGGAGUGGUGUGUGGGUGGUUGUUUGUGGUGGGGUGUUGGUGUUUGGGGGUGUUGGGGUGGUGGGUGGGUGGUGUUUUUUUGGUUUUGGGUGAGAGUGUGUGUGGUGGGGGUGGGGGGUGGUUGUGGGGUUUUGGGGGGGGGGGGGAUUUGGGGUUUUUGUUAUGUGUGGGGUGGUGUUUGUGGUGGAGGGUUGGUUGGGUGGGUGUUUUUUGGGGGUUGUUUUUUUUUGGGGUUGUGGUGGGUUUGUGUUUUGGGGUUGGGUGUGGGUUUGUGUUGGGGUUGGGGUUGUUGAUUGGUGGGUGGUGGUUGUGUGGUUUGGUUUUGGUGGUGUGGGUGGGGUGGUUUGUGGGGGUUGGGGGGUUUUUUGGUAGGGGGGGGUGGUUUGGUGGUUUUUUGUGUGUGGUUGUUGGGUGUUUAUGUGUUUGGUUGGGGGUGGUUGUGUGGUUGGGUGUUUUGGGUUGUGGUGUGUGGGUUUUGGUGUGUUUUUUUGGUGGGGUGGGUGGUUGGUGUUUGGGGGGGGGUGUUGGGUAUGGGUUUUGGGUGGGUUUUGUUGUGUGGGUUUGGGUGGGGGGUUUUUGGGGGUUUUGGGGUUUUUGGUUUUUUUUUGGGUGGGGGGGUGUGUUGUUUGUUGUUUGUUGUGUGGGUUUGGUUGGUGUGGUGUUUGUUGUGGUUUGUUUUGGUUUUUUGUUUGUGGUUGUUUUGUGGUGGGGUUGGUGGGUUGGGGGGUUGUUUGUUGUGGUGGGGGUGUUUUGGGGUGUGGGUUGGGUGGUGGGGGGUUGUUUGUUUGUGUUUUUGGUGGUGGUGAUUUUUUUUUGUUGGGUUUGUGGGGGUGGUGGGGUGGUGUUGUGUGGUGGUGGGUUGGGUUUUGGUGGGGUUGGGGUGUGUUGGUGUGUGGAGUGUGUGAGGGGGGGGUGGUUUUUGUGGGGGGUGGGGGGGUUUUGGUGUGGGGGGUGUUGUUUGGGGGGGGGGUGGGGGUGUUGUUUGGGGGGUUGGGUUUGUGGGGUUUGUGGGUGUGGUUUGUUUGUUGGUUUUGUUUGUUUUUUUGUUUUUGUGUAG